CCGCCCCCUCCACCACUCACAAAUUAAAAAAAAGUCUUUAAUAUCUUUCCAGCAGAGCCUCCAUUGCUGCGGCGCAGAGAGCAGACAGAUUGACUGAGGGGCCUUUUGAAGAAGUGGAGGAGGAUCCAAACCAACCUGCAGCUUCAGGGAGAGAGGAGCUGAACGCAUGAAGCUCCUCUGACAUCGUGACAGCUCGUGGAUCUGUGAGACUCCCUCUCCUGAUUGUGUAAUACAGGAUUUUUUUUCUUUCUUUCUGCAAAGCGGCCAAACCCGUGAGGAGAGAAAGGAGCAGAGGAAGAAGAGGAGGAGGAGGAGGAGGGGGAGGAGGAGGAGGGGAAAAACCAGGGGCAUUUUGCUACGUUCGUCCAAUCUCGUUUUUUUUUUUUUCUUCCUCUUUCAUGGCGCAAGGGCUUGCACCCGAACCGGACUGUCCUGGGUGUGAGAGCGCCGCGGCGGAUCUGGACCUCCAGGCAGCAUCAGCACCAGCAGCAUCCUCCUCCUCCUCCAUCAUCAUCACCCGCGGCUGCUGCGGCGCCCACACCGACUCCUCGUCCUCCUCCUGCCGGCUCCAUGUCGAGUGAUGGUCGGCUUGCUCUGCUGGAUGCUCCCCGCUCUCUCCGGAUCGUCGACGGACCGAACCUCCUCUGACCGCAGACCCCCAUUUUCGGCGGAAACCUGCCCAGAGAGGAAAGGGGGUCCCCCUUUCAUGGAAUGCGGAAACAUGGGCCUGUUCGACCGCGGAGUCCAGAUGCUGCUGACCACGGUGGGCGCCUUCGCGGCCUUCAGCCUCAUGACCAUCGCGGUCGGCACGGACUACUGGCUGUACUCCCGCGGCGUCUGCAGGUCCAAAUCCAUGAGCGAGAACGAGACCAGCAAGAAGAACGAGGAGGUGAUGACCCACUCGGGCCUGUGGAGGACCUGCUGCCUGGAAGGAAACUUCAAAGGAAUGUGUAAACACAUAGACCACUUUCCCGAGGAGACAGAUUACGAAGCAGACCCAUCUGAGUACUUCUUGCGUGCGGUACGAGCCUCCAGCAUCUUUCCCAUCCUCAGCGUCAUCCUGCUCUUCAUGGGAGGCUUGUGUAUAGCUGCCAGUGAGUUCUACAAGUCACGCCACAACAUAAUCCUCAGUGCAGGGAUCUUCUUUGUGUCUGCAGGUCUGAGCAACAUCAUUGGGAUCAUKGUGUACAUAUCAGCCAACGCGGGGGACCCUUCAAAAAGCGACUCAAAGAAGAACAGCUACUCGUACGGCUGGUCCUUCUAUUUCGGUGCCCUAUCUUUCAUCAUGGCUGAAAUGGUGGGCGUCCUGGCCGUGCACAUGUUCAUCGACCGCCAUCGACAGCUGCGAAUAGGGGCGCGCGCAGCCGACUACCUCCAAGGUUCUGCCAUAACGCGGAUCCCCAGCUAUCGCUACCGCUACAGGCGCCGCUCGCGCUCCUCUUCCCGAUCCACGGACCCGUCGCAUUCCCGCGACACCUCGCCGGUGGGCCUGAAGGGUUUCAGCGCGCUGCCGUCCACGGAGAUCUCAAUGUACACGCUCCCCCGGGACACCCUGAAGUCCUCCGGCACGCCCACCGCCACCUACAACUCCGAGAGGGACCACAACUUCCUCCAAGUCCACAACUGCAUCCAGAAAGACCUGAAAGACUCGAGCCACACCAACACAGCGAACCGCCGCACCACACCUGUAUGAGAACGUCCACACAGGCCCGGCAAGGCCCGGCGGAGGUCAGGAGACACAGGAACCGCUGUGGGAGCGUUAACGCCCCCUGGAGAUAUUUUCAUGUUUAUAGACGUUUAUUCCUUUUGUUCGGCUGCAUGACUUUUCCAUAACCAUUGUUGAGAGAGUUUCAACAAGUCUGCUGUGUUCCUGAAGCCACCAGCAGAGGACUGAGAACGGCUCGGGUUCUCUGUCCAGAGGGAGAGCUGUCAUUGGGGCGGGGCAGAAUUUGUUCAUGAGGUUCAGGGCUCUGAAGCGGGGGUGAAAGGGGGCGGGCAUUUCUAAGACUCCAUGUUUUCAUUGCCCAUCGGUUUGACAGUUUUGCCCCACAAGUUCUGUUGGAGCAACAGGUCUAACUUCCCUUUAGCCACCUCACUCAGAUAAACACCUCUUUUAUUUAUUGACUCAUUUGUUCUUUUUUUUUUUUUUUUUGCAUUAAAACUGUGAAUUGUUACAGCUUGGGAUUCAGUAAGAAGUACCCCAAUCUGUAAUCUCUAACAAAGGUACUAUAUAUAUAUGUAUUACUUUUAUAAAUAAAUUAUUACAUUAAUAAUCGAUUAAUAACAGACUUUACUGAAGCAAAAAAAGAGAAAACUCUACCAAGUGCUGCUGAAAACACGAGAAAAGACUUUUUGUAUCUCUUCAUUCGAAGGUCAAGAACAAGAGAAGGUUCUUUAGGUCGCAGCGACUGACGCCACUGGAGGCACACGGUCAACAGUAGAGUAAUAUUUAUUCUUUCAAUAGAACCUUCUCCUCUUUUUCUCAAUCUCUGUUCCCUUUCUUUUCUCGGAGGAGGGAGGGGGUUCAUAACGCGAGCGCAGGACCCCUGAGGGAAAAAAAAAAGGCAGAGUAAAAGAGUCAAAGACUCCAAAAACUUCUACAAAAUACAAAAUGAAAGGAGCAGAGAGGAAGAAAAAGAAGAGGACGCCAAACACAGAAUAAAAAACGAGUUAAACAUGAAAUAGAAGAAGAAAACGCUAAGAGACUCAAAGUUUCAGAAAUUUAAUGCAUGCUAUAAAAUUACAGCAGAUCUGCUCUUGAGAAACUUAAGUUUUAAAGUUAAUAAUUAUAAGGGGGAAAAGGCGCUAGAGUUUUAAAUAAUAAUGUUUUCAUGUGUGUUUUAUUCUUUUUUUUUUUAGUUUAUUUGAUCUCAUUACAUUUGUGAGACGAACCAAACGAUUUACAUCGAACAAAACUGCUUUUUUUAAAAAAACAGUUUGGCUGAAUUUCUUUCUGAAUAUAUACAAAAAUGUCUGUAUUGGUUUUUGUUUUUUAAAACUCACACAGCCUUAGCCAUUUCUUUUGGUUUAUUUUUUGAUUUUUAAUGUGUUGUUUAAAUUGAAAAUGAAAUCUUUAAAGGUGCCAAAACCGAAUGAUCCUAUACUUGGAUGCAUCAAGUCCUGAUGAAUAAAAAUACGAACCCCAGGGGGAAGAAACCA